AUGCCUAGAGAGUCUAAUUUAGUUAAGUGUAUUGGCGAAGAAAGCUAUCAACGUGUUCGCAACACGAAGGUUCUUCUUGUUGGUGCAGGUGGUAUUGGAUGUGAGUUACUCAAGGACUUGAUUCUUUUAGAAUUUGGGGAAAUCCACAUCGUGGACUUGGACACAAUUGAUUUAUCCAACUUGAACAGGCAGUUUUUGUUCAGACAAAGAGACAUCAAGCAACCAAAGAGUGUCACUGCCGUGAAAGCGGUUCAGAGGUUCAACAAUUCUAAUUUGAUAGCGCACCAGAGUAACAUUAUGGAUACAGAUAAAUUUCCAUUGUCGUGGUUUGAUCAAUUUGAUAUUAUAUACAACGCAUUGGAUAAUUUGGCAGCAAGACGUUAUGUUAACAAGAUGUGCCAAUUCACUGGGAAGCCCUUGAUUGAAUCAGGAACCUCUGGUUUUGAUGGGUAUAUCCAGCCAAUUUUUCCAAGGGACACGGAAUGUUUCGAUUGCACUACAAAGGAAACCCCGACUACGUUCCCCGUUUGUACUAUUAGAUCCACGCCAUCGCAGCCAAUCCAUUGUGUAGUUUGGGCGAAGAACUUUUUGUUUGGUCAACUUUUCAGUGACUCGGCUGAAGAGUCAGCAGAUAAUCAGGACUUUGGGACGGACGAUGAACAAGAAAUUGCUCGUAUUAAGGAGGAAACCAACGAACUCCAUGCUCUUCAAAAGCUUAUCAAGUCAGGAGACACCUCAAGAAUUCCAGAUAUUCUAAAGAAAUUGUUCGUAGAUGAUAUUAAUAAGUUGCUGAAGAUCGAAAACCUUUGGAAAACAAGAACAAAACCUGAUCCAUUGACUGUAGUUCAUCCAACUGAUGAUGUUCCGAAUGAUUUGGCUCAGGUGUGGACUUUGCAACAGAACGUUAACAAAUUCGUAGAGGCUACCAAGAAGCUAAUGGCUCGUUUGAAGAAUGAACCAUUUAUCGAGUUUGAUAAAGAUGACGAAGAUACACUACUAUUUGUAUCAUGUGCUGCCAAUAUUAGAUCAUACAUCUUUCAUAUUCCAGCAAAAUCUGUAUUUGAUAUCAAACAAAUGGCCGGUAAUAUCAUUCCAGCUAUAGCUACCACUAACGCCAUCAUAGCAGGUCUCUCUUCCUUAGUGUCGUUGCGUGUACUCAACUUAUUAAAAACUGUUUCAAAUAAGCCUUUGGAAAUUCCAAUGGCGUUUACAGCUAGGGCAAGUAAUAUAACGACAAAUAGGUACUUGUCAAAUCCAACUCUUGCGCCUAAAAAUCCAAAUUGUGCAGUCUCUUCUAAUACUCAAAGAGCAGUACUGAAACUUUCAAAAUCAGUCAUCAGCGAAAUGACUUUGUAUGAACUUAAUCAAAAGAUCAUCAAAAAAUACGGGUUUUCUGGCGAAUUCUCUGUUCUUGAUACAAACAGCAAUAGUUUAAUAUACGAUUUCGAUUUCGAUGACUUAGAAGGACGGAAGCUCUCAAGAUUUAACUUUAAAACAGGAACGGCUCUACUAUACAAGGAUGAGGAAACGGAAGAAGGCGCUGAACUAAGGCAAUCCAUUGAGUUCUAUUUGGAACUUCUACCAGAUGAAGAAGUUAUUGAAGACUUGGAGUUACCGGACCUCGAAAGAGCUACAUAUAUUUAUCAUUCACCAUAUUCGAAUGAUGAAGAUGAAGACGGUGAAAGUAUAAGCGACAGUAAACCAGAAGAAGACAUUCAAGAGACAGAUAUUGUAAUUCUAGAUAGUCCUGAACCGGAAAAGGAUGAUGAAAAUGUCUUGAAAAGAAGUCUUUCAAACGGUUCUCAGUUACCUCCUGCAAAGAGUACGAAAUUAAACCCUUCAGAAGAAGUUGUGGUAGAAGAUGAAGAGGAAGAGGACUUAAUCCUACUAGAUUGA